GACACUCCCCACUCGGAAGGGAUGCUUGUUGCUAAUCCCUUUUCCGUCACAAGGUACCUCUUUGCCUUCAUUUGGGAAAACCCAGCAACUUUUGAAAAAAAAAGCCUUCAUUUGGGAAAAACCCUGCAACUUUUGGAGGAAGGGGCAAAAAAAAAGGAACAGCAGCCAUCUCCUUGGUCCCCAACCCAAACUCCACUCGCACUCUCUGCAUUUCUCAACCACGAAACCCAAUAUUAUUACCAAAACAAACGUAAACCCGAUAUUAUAUUCCAUCGAUCAAGAACCAUACAAAACUCUAAUCUCCUUCGUCUCCGUCAUCUCGAAAUGCUUUCUCCCGGGCUUCGAGAGUUCCAAGAAAACCUCACCGCCCACCUCACCCCUUGGCACCGCUCGUUCCAGUUCUGGAUCCGCGCCGCCGACAUCUACACCACCUACAAGGUUUGCCAGUUUCGGGCGGGAUUCGUGAAGGAUGCGGAGAAGAGGGAAGCAAUGUGGGAGAGGCAGCACGAGCUCGCUGCGGAUAAGAUGUAUUCCCUCUGCUCCGACCUCGGUGGGCUCUUUCUCAAGGCUGCUCAAAUUCUGGGGAAACCUGAUUUGGCCCCAGCUGCUUGGGUAAGAAGACUAGUUACUUUAUGUGACAAGGCUCCUGUAACCCCAUUUGAAGUGGUCUGCAGUAUAUUGGAGAAGGAGUUGGGGCAGACUUUUACCAAAAUGUUUGAAAGCUUUGAUGCUGAGCCCAUUGGAUCUGCUUCAAUUGCACAGGUUCAUCGGGCAAGACUGAGAUGUGAAAAGACUGAUGUUGCUGUUAAGGUGCAACAUCCUGGAGUUCAACAGCUGAUGAUGAUUGAUAUCCACAAUGUGCAAGCAUUUGUCUUGUUUUUGCAAAAGACAGACAUCAAAUUUGAUCUAUUUUCUCUCACCAAAGAGGUCGAGAAGCAGGUUGGAUAUGAAUUUGAUUUUCUGCGAGAAGCCGAGGCCAUGGAAAGAAUCCGACAUUCAUUUCAUGCUAACAACAAAAAGGUUCCUGUUUUGGUGCCACAUGUAAUUCGUGACAUGGUGACCAGGAAUGUCGUAGUAAUGGAGUUUAUAAAUGGAAUCCCUAUAAUGAAUCUUGGUGAUGAAAUAGCAAAAAGGGGCAUAGAUCCUCGUGGUAAGCUUGCAGCGGUGGCAAAGCAGAAAAUCUUGAAAAAUCUGACACUAGCAUAUGGUCAAAUGAUCUUGAGGGAUGGUUUCUUCCAUGCAGAUCCACAUCCAGGAAAUAUCCUUAUCUGCAAGGACUCAGAGGUUUCUUUACUCGAUUAUGGGCAAGUGAAGCAACUUCCUGAUGACUUGAGGCUUGGAUAUGCAAAUCUUGUUCUUGCACUUGCUGACAAAGACCCUUCAAGGGCUACACAGAGUUACAAGGAGCUGGGAAUAGAAACAUUGAGUACAUGUGCUGAUGAAGAAAAGGAACUGUUUGAAUUAGCUGUAAGAAUGUUUGAUACUAAACUUCCACCAGGAGUAACUAUGAUUUCACCAUUUUGCGAAGGUUCUUCCUUAAAUAAAGUCGCUGUCCAGAAUUUUCCGGAGGAGCUUUUUUCCGUUCUAAAAACAAUGCAGCUUUUAAGAGGACUUAGUGUAGGGCUGGGCAUCAACUACUCCUGUGCAGAACAAUGGAGACCCAUUGCAGAAGAAGCUCUCUUCAGGGCUGGAAGACUAAAAGGUGUUUUGAUUAUCACGCAGCACUGUUGCUUCCAAAAAUGUUGGCAAAGCACGGAGACGUGGCUUCUUGAGACAAAUGUUUAGAAGAAAGAGGGAAUAUGACUGGUGUACAAUUUAAAAUUCAAAAUAUUGUAUAAGAACGCUAUCAAAAUCUCCAAAUUGACUAUCUUCGGUCGGAGAGUAUUUACUGCAGCGAUUCAUCUGUUGUAUAUGUGACGUUAUAUUAAAGUCUGGGGUGAUUCAUGAAAGUUCCUCUUGUAUAAUCUAAACUGAAUUAUUCUUCAUAAAUGUUAUUACAUCUGUUGCAGAGAAUUUUCUUUUGGUUUCUAUAUGAUUCUUUUUUUUUUU